GGACUACGCGAGAGCAGGAAAUCGUAACAUAGCUUCUUCGAAGAGUUGGCUGCACCAGAUGUGGUAGUUCGUCUGCCUAGCAACAAUUUGCGUCACGUUUAAUGUUAGGGAAGUUGAUUGCUCUUUAAAAAGCUGAUUCUGUUUCGCAGUCGUUCGAAAACAAAGCGAUAUCUACCUGUCCUGCUUCGGUUUGGUUGGUAGUUGACCUGUUCGCAUGGGGUGUCCCGUUAGUCUUAGUGUCCGACAGCCAGUGUGGGUCAGGGCCAAGAACCUGCUUCUAAGACGUAAACUGAGAGAACGUGAUGGUUGUUUCGUUUGUUGUUAUCCCAUGAGAAGAAGGUGAUGCCACGACAACCAGUGCAAUGUCAUAAUUGGCCGCAUGCAAAUAAGGACGCGGAGGGAUGCUGCAGCUCCACAAGUUGACGUUCCCAGUGAUCACAUGGACUGUGGUCAUACACCUCACUUUUACUGCAGCAAGAUGUUGGGUUACUUCACAGAGAAUAGAUGCAGAUGACAAAAUAUCUAGACCUCGAGUCUUGUUGAGCGUAUCUUCGUUAGCAUCACAUACUCCAGAGGGCGUUAUAACAGAACGACUUCUAGAACUCAAUUGGUUCGAUGCACCUCAUGGAAUGAAUGAAGAUCCCACUUCUUGGGUCGGAUUAUUUAACCACGAUCCUACAGAAGGAAGCAACGAUCCUCUGGAAGUUGCCCCAACAAAGACACAUCCGGAUGGUUAUUACAAGACAAGGGUUCCUUUUCCUAGGAUCGAAUUCUUUGACAAUAUCACUGAUGAAUGCCUUGGCUAUUGGAUCGGGUACAUCAAUCUUAACCGUCUGGUGGCAAAAUCUUGCAUAAGAGCACGACCACGAUGGAUGCAAGAAAUGAGACACAUCAUCGGCAACCGGACUCUUAAAGAACUUAUGCUGCCUGGAACUCACAACGCUGGAAGUUAUGAGCCUUACAGGCCAGACAGAAAUACAGCCAAAGUGAGGUACCAAAUAUGCCACGAUGAGGAUAUAUUCAACCAGUUGGUCUAUGGAAACAGAUUCUUAGAUCUUCGUGUCAUUUUUCAGCAUGUUGCCGGAAGCAAAGAAAAGUUCUGGAUCACUCAUAAUAUUUUGAGAACGAACAAUACUGUUAAAGAUGUUUUAGCUCAAGUGAAACGUUUUCUCGAUAAUACGAACGAAAUCGUGAUCAUGGACUUUCAUCUCUUUUAUAUGGGAUUCAUCGACAGUUGGGUAGAUGAUAGACACAAAGAACUCAUGAGUCUAAUCGUGAGAACUUUGGGUCACUAUAUGAUGCCUACAUCUUUUGAAUAUUCUACAACGCUCAACGAAAUAUGGAAAAGCAACAAAAGGUUGCUUGUUGGAUAUGCUUCCAAGCAAGCCAUCGAAAGUACUCUACUUUUUCCAGGUGCAUUUCAUUUAUGGGGCAACAAAGAAACGCGACCAGAACUGGAAGAAUUUUUAGAAAGAAAUAUGUGCCAUUUUCGCCAUCGGGGACUGUGGUCAGCCAUGGCAGAACUGACUCCAACAACUGCUGGUGUUUUAAUAGACAAAUAUGGUGGGCUCAGGAACCUGGCACAAGAGGUGAAUUCUCAUGUCACAAAAUGGUUCAGGGAACGUUGGUGGAAAUGUGCGAAUAUAGUUUCCACAGACUAUUUUCUAGGGAAUAAUAUUAUCGACGUGGCUAUUGAAGCCAAUGCAAAAAAAAUUCGCUUUUAGCAACAUGGUCUAAUGAAAUAAAGACAUUUUAAU